AUGGGAAAUUGUGCUUCAACGCUCGACAGCUAUGCUGCAAGCUUUCCUUCCCCACAUACCUUGCCCAAGUCUACAAAGGAGUUGCACCUAAGCAAUGCGAUGGGCCUCAGCAAGGAGAUUGCAAUGACCUACCCGAUGUGGCUAAUUCCAGCAAAAGUUCUUGUGGAUCUUCAAGGGCCGCUCCUACCCCACGACGAAAUGAUGAAAAAGAACUUACUGGUGCAAUGGCGGCCAGGGCACACCAAAACGGUGGUGUUGAUUUCUCAUCAGUGGGCUGGCUUCCGACAUCCAGAUCCUAACAUGGAGCAGUUCCAAGUUCUGCAGAGCCUUCUUCGCAACCUUGCUGCUGGUCGAGUCAGCAUUGGCAAGGACAUGGUUGCGCAGUCUCGCGGUGUUGACGUCCCAAUUCCCAGCACACAGGAGCAGCUAAACUGCCUCGAAUGGGACAUCUGGUACGAUUUCUUUGGCAUCCCUCAGAUAGAUGAUCGAGGCUGUGUCUCAAACACACCUGAGCUUCAAGCUGCAGUUGACAGCAUUCCUGCGUACUGUCACGCAUCGGACAUCAUCGUCAUCCUGGCGCCUAGCCUGCGACACGCAGACACGGGCAAGACGAUAAGUUUCGGCAGUUGGGAGACGCGGGGUUGGUGCAGGGCGGAAAGGACUGCGGCUGCGCUCUCAGACAAGGAGAUGCCUUUGCUGGUGGUGACCACUCCGCGUACGAUCUUCGCCUCGAGCGGAGCAGCGUGGAUCGGAAGUUGGCCACAUGAUGGAGAAUUUACCGUUGAAGGAGAUAGAAAGACAGUCAGGGAGCUUACGAAGAAACUCCUGGCCCUAAAAAGUGAGAGCGCCCCUGGGCCAGACUGUGAUGCGGUGGAAUUGAAGUUUCCAGUUUGGUUCGUCGUCCUGCGAGCAGGCGAUCUCUCCCAGUGGCGAUUUUACAGAGCUUUGCUCUUCAGGCUGCUUCCUGAGCGGGGCUGCCCGGCUUGCCACUUGGCGGCCCUCGAGCAGGAGCGCAACAUUCCGCAUCAACCUCUCCAGUCCUUCCUUGCGCGCUACCGCUUCAAUGCCCCGGACCAAAAGGCUGAUGGACUCACUCCGCUUAUGAUGGCCUGCAUAGAGGGAUGCAUACCCCUCGUGAAAGAGCUAUUGAGCUCCAAAGCUGAAGUGAACGAAAAGGUCGAAGUAUCGAUACGGGACAUCCAGCUUGGCGGAAGGCAGACUGCCCUUACUGUCGCCGCGGCCCUUUCGUCAUCAAAGGUGGUGCAGUGCCUCCUGCAAGCAAAAGCUGCUCUGGAUGUUUGCUGUGGCACCUUGUGCUACACGGCCAUAAACCAGGCAGCGGCCUACGGAAACCAUGCCGUCAUCGCUGACCUCGCAGCGGCAGCGCCUGAGCUCGUCCACAAACCGAACUCCAAGGGUGACACUCCCAUCAUCAACGGAGUGGCCACCCACAAUUCGAAAGUUACUGAAAAGCUGCUGGAAUUUGAUGCAGACCCGAACCAGGUCGGGAGUUAUGGACACAGUGUUCUGGCACUCAGCUCGCUUCACACCAGCUAUGUGUGCCAUGCCGAGAAUCUUCUGAGAGCCGGCGCCGACCCUAACUAUGCUGGCACUCCCACGAGGCUGUGGGACUCUGUGCUGAAGCAUCGGAAAACAGAAGUGGGGAAGUCGGAGCACAUUGGACCCGUUGCAGGAGAGCCACUGCUGAGCUUUGGCGUCCCCAUUCAGAUGGCGACGGAGAGCGGUAACCUGGAGAUGGCCAAACUGCUUUACGAGUACGGUGCGGAGCUUCCACCACGGGUGGCCGCGGCUUCGCUGCAAUCGCCAUUCCCGGAAAUUGCAGCGUUUGUUGCUGAGGCCGGAGAUUGUUUCGCGACCUAG